ACAGUAUUAAUUCAAUGAUAGUAAGUUAAUUUCUGAAAUUUUAAUUGACUAAUAAAAUGACUUUUCUAUCUUAAGAUAUGUGACCAUAAGCAGCGAAUAAGGUAUGUGAACAGUAGGUACGCAGGUGCAAGUCACGAUUCCUUUAUUUGGGAAAAUAGUGAGGCUUCAAGACAUUUCCAAACCAUGUAUGAAAAUGGACACAGAAGCACUAGAUUGUUGGGUGACUCUGGAUACCCACUUUUACCCUGGCUUAUAACGCCCUUCCGAAAUGCCGGAGCGAAUACACCCCAAAGCCGUUUCAAUAAAAGCCAUAGCUCGGGUCGCAAUGUUGUUGAACGCACAAUAGGUGUCUGGAAGAAUUGGUGUCGAUGCUUGCUCUCAGCUCGCCAACUUCAUUAUUCUCCGGAAAAAGUGGCUCAAAUUGUUAAUGUUGCGGCGGCACUUCACAACCUUCGGAUCCAUUAUAAUAUUUCAGACGAAUAUUUAGAAGGGGUUUUUGAAAGUGAAGAGUAUGAAAAUGGCGAGCCUGUACAACAUCAAAGGUAUACCAAUGAAGCAAACCAAAUCCGGAAUGAAAUGCUACACAGAUUUUUAUAAAGAAACAUUUUUUUGUUUUCAUUUAACGUACAUAAAUAUAUGUAUGUUUGUAUAUAUUUCUUAAGAACAAAAUAAAAACAGCCUUCUUGGCAAAUGUUGCACAU